AUGGCCGUCACCAAGGAAGAGCUGGAGUUUCUUGAAACAAGAAAGCUGCUUAAAGAACAAAUCCGAAAACAAAACUGUUCUCAUCAUCUCUCGGAGCUUUCAAAUUCUGAUCAUAAUACAACUAAAACUUACAGAUCAUUUUUUGGCCCUUCUCAACCGAGUAUCGCUCCGAGAGUUAUUCAAGAAAGCAAAAGCAAGCAACAAACCCAGAUUCCACAACAUAGAGCAGUAAGUGCCGAUAUCCUUCUUUCUGCAAUGGAUAAUCAGACCAAAGUCCAAAGGCUUCGACAGACAAGAGACUACUCUUUCCUGUUCUCUGACGACAAUAAUCUGACGCCACCAGUUUCUAGUGCCACUCCUGCACAAGCAUCAGUGCCUUCAUCAAAGCACUACACAAAUGUGAAGGGAUUAAGAAAAUUCAAUGACCCUAAAUUGAACCCGAAACAGCCAGCCUUGGCAUGUUCCUUGAAGCCUCUCACAAACAAGGGGGUAAUGGAGAAAACCCCAUCACGUAUGUCCUUGCAAUAUCAAUGUACCGAUAAAAGAAAGCCUAUCGUCAAAGCAGUUCAUCCAACAAAGCAGUUAGUGAAGCCCCAUGAGAUGACAAACAAGCGAGUACGCGACAAUAUUUCAUCGUCUGUCUCUAAUUUGCAAGAUCAUUGUCCCAAGAAAAGAAGACUUUCAGAUGAAGAAGAUGAUUGUGAAGGUGAAAAGGCUCUUCUCAUAAUUAGAAAAAUGUUCAACACCAAAAGGUUUGCUAGUCGUGACGAUAGAGAUAUAAAAAUGGAGGCAAGCUUUGGAGACAUAACGAAGGAAGAGAAAAGAAGUGAAAGGCUUGGCAGGAAAGAAGAUCGAGAGCAACUCCGCCUAUUAGAAGAAAACGCGAGGCGUCAGCGGAUGAGGAAGCAUAAUCAAGGAACAAAAUUUUUUAUAUAG